GCCGAACGGGCGUGGCCCCGACGUCCCGGAGUCCGACCCGCCCAUUUUACACAUGGGGAAUACUGAGUCCAGGACAGGCUCAGGCACUAGUGGCACGUCAGCCCUUAGUCCCCUGGCGGUGUGUGCGUCGGGUCCCCGAGCCUGACCUCCGGGCUCCGUGCGUCAGGAACGUCCCGGGCCCAGCGAGCGAAGCAGCGACCUCGGCAUCGAGCGCGCGCGGGGCCAUGGCGGCCUUCGGGGCCCGGGUGGAGCCGCCGCCGCCUCCUCCUCCGUCUCUGCAGCCGCCUCUGCAGCCGCCGCAGCCGCAGCCGUGGGCGGCGUCGGGCCCGCGCUUCCGCUGGUACCGCUACCAGGAGGCGGCCGGGCCGCGGCAGGCGCUGCGGAGGCUCCGCGAGCUGUGCCGCCAGUGGUUGCGGCCCGAGCGUCACAGCAAGGAGCAGAUCCUGGAGCUGCUGGUGCUCGAGCAGUUCCUGACCAUCCUGCCGGCGGACGUGCAGGCCUGGGUGCGAGGCCGCAGCCCGCGCUCCGGGGACGAGGCGGCCGCCGGCGUGGAGCUGCUCCUGCGGCUGAGGCUGCAGCAGGAGCAGGGUGCCGAGCCGCAGGUACCAGGCUUUGCCCAGCAACCAGAAGCGCUAUUAGAGGAGAAGGCGACAGAGAUGGCAAUCCUGGGAGCAGUGCCAGAGUCAUCUGCUUUGCCUCCAAUCAGUGACUCUUCAAGAACAAAGUCUGAAUCUCUUCACCAUGGAACCCUGGUCUCCCUCCAGGAUCCCCAACAAGAUCAUGAAACCAUGACUGUGAAUGAGGAGUUAAUUCUAAAGCAGGAAAUUUCUGAAGAGGUGGAAUCCCAGUGGAUAGUUUCAGAAAGACCCACAGAGGAAGUUUCCCAGGGACCUGUAUUUGGAGAAGCCCUUGAACAGGAGGUCAGGUUAGAGAGGCAGCUGGGAAAACCUGGGGAGGAGAGCCUGAAUAGAUCCCUUUCCUUGGAAAGGGGUUUCAGACCAGUGACAGCAAUCCACCAGACAGCCUCCAUAGGGGAACAAAAUCAAGAAUUUGAUGAAUUUGAGAGAAACUUUAAUCUUAGUUCAAACCAUGUUACAGAUCAGAGAUUUCCUAUUGAAGAGGAUGCUCAUUGUGAUACCUGUGGUGAAAUCUUUCAAGAAACCUCAGAGCUUAUUGAACAUGAGAAAAUUCACAUUGGAGAGAAACCUUAUAAAUGUGAUGAUUGUGGAAAGGCCUUUGGUCGAAGCUCACACCUUAUUCAGCACCAGAGAAUUCACACUGGAGAGAAACCUUAUGAAUGUAAUGAAUGUGGGAAAGCCUUCAAUCAAAGUUCACACCUUGUUAGACAUCAGAAGAUUCACACAGGAGAAAAACCCUACGUAUGUACUGAGUGUUGGAAAGCCUUUAGUCGGAACUCAGUCCUUAUCAGACACCAGAAAAUUCACACUGGAGAGAAACCCUAUGAAUGUAGUGAAUGUGGGAAAAACUUCAGCCAGAGUUCCGGCCUUAGGAAGCAUCAGAGAAUUCAUACUGGGGAGAAACCCUAUGAAUGUAGUGAAUGUGGGAAAGGUUUCAGGCUGAUCUCAACCCUUAUUCAACAUCAGAGAAUUCAUACUGGAGAGAAGCCCUUUGAAUGUGAGGAAUGUGGGAAAGCCUUUCUGCGGAGCUCGGGGCUUGUUGAACACCAGCGGAGUCAUUCUAGGCACUCGGCAGAGAAGACGGAAACCCGGAGCGGCCGCGUAGGCCCCGCCGGCCGGGGAAGGUACCGAGACCCUCGCUUCCGGUCAGAGGUUUCUGUCUGGCGGGGGGCGUCUAUGGAGCGGAGGGUUCCUGCCUAUUACUCCACAGGAAGGCCAGGAAAACUGAGGAUGGAGGCUGAAUGCCUGUCAGCCAGCCCCCAGGCACCCAUGAUAUUCGAGGAUGUGGCUGUAUACCUCACCCGAGGUGAGUGGAACUAUCUGGACCCUAUUCAGAAGAGCCUCUACAGGGACGUCAUGCUGGAGAAUUAUGAGAACAUGGUCUCUUUGGGAUUUCCAGUAUCUAAACCUGAUGUGAUCUCCCAGCUGGAGCGAGGGGAAGAGCCAUGGGUUGUGCACACACAAGUGACCUUAAAAGGUGAUUAUUCAGAUUUUGAGACCAGGCCUGAGAAUGAGAGGUUGUCUCAAAAGCAGAAAACUCCUGAGAAGAUGGAAUUACAAGCAGCUGCUUUGCAAAGAUUUACAGGGUACCUUCCCAAGAAAUCCACAUAUGAAAAAGUCUAUAAACAUAAAGACAAAUCAAAGAAAAAUCAGGAAUAUCUAACAGAAGGACUGAGAAAACUUUUUCCACAGACCAUGGGUUUCAAGCCAGUGACAGCGGUACACCAGAAAUCCCCCACAAGGGAAAGACAUCAAGAAUGUAAUGAAUUUCAGAAAAGCUUCAGAAAGGAGUCAAACCCUGUUGGACAUCAAAGAGUUCUUUCUGGAAGGAAAACACAGCCAUAUGAUAAAAUUAAUGAAAGCUUCAAACAAGAUUCAGACCAAAUGAAGGAACUAGGGGGAAAGAAAUUUUGUAAACGUAAUGCAUAUCAGAAAGGUUUUAGGCAAAGCUCAACCCAUUCUGGACAUCAUCAAAUUAACUAUGGAGAGAAACCCUAUGAGUGCAACGAAUGUGGAAAAACCUUCCGUCAAAGCUCAGCCCUUAAUCUUCACCACAGGAUUCAUACUGGUGAGAAACCCUAUGAAUGUAAUGAGUGUGGGCAAACCUUUAGCCAGCUAUCUAACCUUAGCACACACCAAAGGAUUCACACUGGAGAGAAACCCUAUGAGUGUACAGAAUGUGGAAAAGCCUUCCGUCAGCAUUCCGUUUUUAUUCGGCACCAGAGAAUUCACACCGGUGAAAAACCUUAUGAGUGUAAUGAAUGUGGGAAAGCCUUUACUACCUGUUCAUCCCUUAUUCUGCACUACAGAAUCCAUACUGGAGAGAAACCCUAUGAGUGUAAUGAAUGUGGCAAAGCCUUUAGUCAGAGCUCAUCUCUUAUUCUGCAUCAUAGAAUUCAUACUGGAGAGAAACCAUUUAAAUGUAAUGAGUGUGGACAAACCUUUAGCCAGUUGUCCACCCUUAUUAAACAUGAGAGAACACAUAAUGGAGAGAAACCCUAUUUAUGUAAUGAGUGUGGAAAAUCUUUCCGUCAGGAUUCACAACUUCUAUUUCAUCAGAGAACUCACAAUGGUGAGAAGCCCUUCCAGUGUAAUGUAUGUGGGAAAGACUUCAGUGCUCGUGCAUCCCUUAUUCAGCACCAGAGAAUUCAUACUGGAGAGAAGCCCUAUGAGUGCAGUGAAUGUGAGAAAGCCUUCCGUAGACGCUCGGAAUAUAUUCGGCAUCAGAGGGUACAUACUGGAGAAAAACCAUAUGUAUGUAAUCAGUGUGAAAAAUCCUUCAGUGUACACUCUUGCUUUAUCCGACACCAGAGAAUUCACACAGGCGAGAAACCUUAUAAAUGCAAUGAAUGUGGGAAAGCCUUCCGUCAGAGCUCUCAUCUUCUUACACAUCAGAGAAUUCAUACCGGAGAGAAACCAUAUGAGUGUAAAGAAUGUAGGAAAUCUUUUUGUCACAGAAUAUCCCUCAUUCAACAUCAGAGGGUUCAUAUUGGAGAGGGGCCCUGUGAAAAAGCUGUCACUUCAUGAUUUACCGACAACUCAAGAAGUAAUCUGUCCAAUUUAUAUCCUCAUGCAGUAUGUAGGGUGGGCUGCAUCAGUCACAUGACUCAGCUCCUGAGAUAUGUACCUUUCCUGAUAUAUAGAGACUGGAUCACUGUGCAAACCCUGAUAGACUUAACCAGACAUGUCCACACCUUUAUUCAGGCAGAGUGUGAUUUGUCUAUACCAUGACUGACUGAAGCUGAGAAAGGAAGCAGCUCUGGUGUUCAGAGACCCCACAGAACCUCUUGCCAUUUGAAAAUGAUAUAAAAGCUGUUGCCGCUCAAUCCUAUCAUUUUUGCCCAGGUGCCUUUGGAACUCCUUUCCAUUCAUUGUACCUUGCUGCACACUAGGAGUUGAGGCCUAGAGGCUGCCAUCUGGGGUCACUUUCCUACAGCUGAAUAGUACUUACCUCACAAAGACUUAUUAAAAUUCAGGAGUCCUCCUCAUUUGGGAUUUGGGGUUUCCCACUCAGUAGCUCUUUGUAUUUACUGCUCCACUUGGCAACUUUUGAGUUGCUUUAUGUUCUUGGGGACCUGGGACUUUGUCUUAAUUAUCUGUUAUAUUCCUUUGGGGCACAGCACUGAGUUCUGUAUGUGGGAAAGAAAGAGACUAGACCUGUAGUUUCAUUGUUUGGUAGAAGGAGCCCCUGGCAGGAAUGCAGGUCAGUCUCUUCUCAUCUAGAACACUGAAAUGUGAAGCAACUUGUAGUGACAGACAAUAUGUUACAGGCAGGACUGGAACCAAGGUGUCCUGGUUCCCCACCAGCUUUCUAUCCUCUAUACCAUGGCUGCUUCUGAAUGGUGUGUGUAAUGGGGAAAGCACUGGGUCUGGAGUCAGGAGACAUAGGCCUCAAUCCCUAAUCUGACUAGCAGUGUGACUAUCCAUGAGCAGAUCACUUAACCUGUUGGAACUUAAAUGUCCUUAGAUAAUUGUAGACUAAUUUAGGUUAAAUAGCUCUUUUUUGUAAAAUACAAAUACUGCUUGUAACUACUAUUCUCUACUUAGUGGGAAUUCAAUCAGUGACCUUCAGAAGUCCAAGUCCAAGGGUGUUUUAUUUAUUCACAGAAUACUGUACUAAGCUGGGGAAAAUAGAAAAUUUAGCUAUGACUAGGUCCUUGUCCCAAAGGGUCCUUCAGUCUAAUGUGGAACAUAUAAUUAUAUAUAAAUGUAUAAUUAGGAUGCAUUAGUAUGUGAAGUCUGGGGAUAGAGAAAGGUAGAGGACUGAAUUCAGCUAGUGGUGGGGAUGGGGGAGGAGAAGAUUCUAGGAAUGAAAAAUGUCCAUGAGGAAAAUCUCAAGCAGGAGAGCAUGGAUUUUGUUAAGAAGGAAGGAAAGUAGUCUAGUAUGGAGAGUAGAAUAUGGCUGAGAGCAAUGAGAUAAGGCUGGAAAGUGAGAGUAGCACAAGAAUGUACAGAGUUUUAAAUGCCAGGCAAAGAAAUUUUAAGUUGGUAUGUGCAAGUCAGAAGCCUAGGAAGGGUUUUGAGCAAAGGAGUGAUUUGACAAGGUAUCAUGCUUUCCUGUGCCUCAGGAAAAUUUUUCUGGCUUCAGAAUGAAACAGAGAGAGAGAUUAGAAGCUGGUAGACUGUUGGGUCAAUAAAGUGGACCUGGGAGUUGGUAAUGACCCCUGUGGGACUGGAAAAGAGGGAUUUUACGAUAGGAUUUGUAUCUACCAGGCUUCCCCUUCCCCUACCAGCACCCCCAACAUGAGUUAGGCCCAUGCCUCUCAUGAACCCCCUAACAUGGAUCAGUU